CAGCAGGACGGCAGCCAAUAAAAUGGAUAGCUGGGGAAGCUGGCUUGGGUUUGAAUUUGUGGCUGAGCCUGAGGCGCCUGGAAGCCGUUUUCCGCCAAGUUGUCGCUGUCACUUCUUCGAGGUGACUGCCUAACAUGAACCGAAAAUGACACCAUAAUAAACAUGCUAAAUGUGGACAGGGGAAAAACCACAAGACCUCAACCCUAUGCAAUAAAAUACUGGCAACUAAGGAAUGCUGCAAGCAGAAGAAAUAGUUCCUACUUAAAUGUUGUUUGGGGAAGCAGGGUGUAAAAAAAAAUACCCAGGUGUUUAUGGAAGCAGGAAUCAAGAUAACUAAAGAUGUCUGACACUGAAGAUUUAUGUCACCACAUGAAAGUAGUUGUUCGUGUCCGUCCUGAGAAUACAAAAGAAAAGGCAGAUGCAUUCCGUAGAGUGGUGCAUGUUGUGGAUAAACAUAUACUCGUUUUUGAUCCAAAACAUGAAGAAGUCAGUUUUUUUCACAGAGCGAAAACUACAAAUUAUGAUAUUACUAAAAGACAAAAUAAAGAUCUUAAGUUUGUUUUUGAUGCUGUUUUUGAUGAAACAUCAACUCAAAUGGAAGUUUUUGAACAUACAACCAAGCCAAUUCUUCAUAGUUUUCUCAAUGGAUACAAUUGCACAGUACUUGCAUAUGGUGCCACUGGAGCUGGAAAGACUCACACAAUGCUGGGAUCAGCUGCUGAGCCCGGGGUGAUGUACCUAACAAUGUUAGCCCUUUUCAAAUCCAUGGAUGAGAUUAAAGAAGAAAAGGUGUGCAGUACUGCAGUUUCUUAUCUGGAGGUGUAUAAUGAACAGAUUCGUGACCUCUUGACAAAUUCAGGACCACUUGCUGUCAGGGAAGACACCCAAAAAGGAGUGGUUGUGCAGGGUCUCACUUUACACCAGCCUAAAUCCUCAGAGGAAAUAUUACAGCUACUAGACAAUGGAAACAAAAACAGGACACAGCAUCCCACUGACAUGAAUGCUACAUCUUCUCGUUCUCAUGCUGUUUUCCAGAUUUAUUUGCGACAACAAGACAAAACAGCAAGCAUCAAUCAAAAUGUCCGUAUAGCCAAAAUGUCACUCAUUGACCUUGCAGGAUCUGAGCGGGCCAGUACUUCUGGUACUAAAGGGACACGAUUUGUAGAAGGCACAAAUAUUAAUAAAUCCCUUUUAGCUCUUGGGAAUGUCAUCAAUGCCUUAGCAGAUACAAAGAGAAGGAAUCAGCAUAUUCCUUACAGAAACAGUAAGCUUACUCGCUUGUUGAAGGAUUCUCUUGGAGGAAACUGUCAAACUAUAAUGAUAGCUGCUGUUAGUCCUUCCUCUUUAUUCUACGACGACACAUAUAACACUCUUAAGUAUGCUAAUCGUGCAAAAGAAAUUAAAUCUUCUCAGUUGAAGAGCAAUGUUCUUAAUCUCAACAGUCACGUAUCUCAAUAUGUGAAGAUCUGUAACAUGCAGAAAGCAGAGAUUUUAAUGUUGAAAGAAAAACUAAAAGCCUAUGAAGAACAGAAAGCCUUGACUGACAAAAAUGACUCUGCAAAAUUAGUACAAUCAAACACUCAAGACAAAGAAAUUGAAAGAUUUCAAGAAAUUCUGAACUCCUUGUUCCAGAAUCGAGAAGGAAUCAGGCAAGAAUAUCUGAAAUUAGAAAUGUUACUUAAAGAAAAUGAACUAAAGUCAUCCUAUCACCAAGAGUGCCAUAAACAAAUAGAGAUGAUGUGUUCUGAAGACAAAGUAGAAAAGGCCACUUGCAAACGAGAUCAGAGACUUGAAAAGCUGAAAACUGUUCGCAGUUUCCUAGAGAAAAAGAAGGAAGAGACGUUGAAACAAUUUGAGGAAAAUACUAAUUGGCUACAUCGAGUGGAAAGUGAAAUGGGACUCUUAGGUCAAAAUGGUGAUAUUCCAGAGGAGCUCAAUAAAGAUCUUCAUUGUCACCAUUUACACCUCCAGAACAAAGACCUCAAAACACAAAUUGAACACAUGAUGGCUCUAGCUUGUCUCCAAGAACAGCAGCACAGGCAGACAGAGGCAGUAUUGAAUGCUUUAAUUCCAGCACUAAGAAAACAGUAUUGGAGGUUGAAAGAAACUGGCCUGUCAAAUGCUGCUUUUGAUUCUGACUUCAAAGACAUUGAACAUUUAGUAGAGAGGAAAAAGAUGGUGGCUUGGGCUGACCAAACUACCGAACAUUCAAAUCAAAAUGAUCUCCCAGGGAUUUCUCUUCUCAUGACCUUCCCACAGCUUAGACCAAUUCAGUCUAUUCCUUGUUGCACAUCCUUGAGUGAACCUAACUUGCGUAAAAUUACUCCACCAAAAAGAGCCAGAAGAAAAUUAAUUCCUUGUUCCUUGAAAGUAAAGCAUACUCAGAAGUCUACAUUGUCUGAAAGUACACAGCUGAAUAAUUCUUUCAGCAAAGAACUUCAGCCUAUUGUUUAUACCCCAGAGGACUACAGAAAACCUCAAGAGCCAUCUCCAACCUUAACAAGACCUUUGCCACAUACUGCCGGUGUGAUCAGUGACAAUUCCCUGAAAGCACUGUGUAAAGUAGACUCUCCUCUCAGCAGCAGAGCCGAGUCUGAACAGGGUUUAGACUCUACAGUUAUUAUAUGUGAUGACAUCAAGAGCUUGAGGAAUCAAUUGCCUGAACAAGAAUCACUACUAAGCAGCAAAAACAUUUUGCAGAGGCUUGAGUCUUCUGCAUUUUCAACUAAGGAUUCUAGGACUGUAUCAACAAGUGUGCCGUCCUACAUGGCAAUGACAGCUGCUGCAAAGAGGAAAUGGAAACUAACAAGUUCUCCAUCAAAUGCUUCAUUAAAAUCCAACGAGAAUCAUGGAUGUGCCAAACGCAUUCGAAAAGAUAAUUCAAGUGAUAAGAUCUUGCAAGAAAACAGACCGACAGUAGGCUACAGAAGAACCACCAAGAAAAUAAAUUCAAAUGUGCUUAGAAAAUUUAGAAGAAAUACUUCAAAAGAAAAUGUACGAUGAAAAUUGUAAAUGUCUUUUGCCUGCUAUUUGUCCCUUCAGAAAUGUAUUUCAAGUCUGUGAAAGAAAGCCAUCUAAAACUGUUUACUCAAAUAUUUUCAGCAAGCAAAAUGAAACUUCUUUUGUAUUUAAAAUAAAUAUAAAACUACAACAGGUCAUGUUUCCCAUUUCUCCAAUAUUUGUUACUCUUGAAAAAUCGCUGUCAACAUGAUGUCGGUUUAGUUUUAUUUUACCACAGGUUGAUUUAGGACGUUGUAGAAAAAAUAGAGAAUAACAUUGCCCUUAUAAUUUUCAAAAAUAGGGAGACUUUAAAAGUCAUAAAAUUAGGGAGAAGAGGUAUUUGGUCUUCUAUUGUGUGGCAAUAUGUUUUAUUCAUUCAUGUGAUUUUGCUUUCUAAAACUUUGGUGUAAAAAUAUAGAUAUAUGUGUCCGUAACAAUACUAUAAGGUAUUGUUUAAAUACCUGCCUUAAAUAAAAUACUAAUAUUUUAUUACUUUGUGUAUUAAAGAUGUAGAUUUUAAAGUGUUUAGUUUUCCUAUUUUAUUGUAACCUCUUAUGUUCUAAAUAUUAAUUUUUAUAAGCAUGAAUUUUUUUUAAUUUGUUUUUAAUAUUAGAACAAGAUAAUAUGUACCCAGAUCAAAUCUGUAAGCAAUCCAGAGGUUUCUUAAUAAAGAGGAAUGGUGAGAAAACAUUUUAAUCAUUCCUGUUACUAUACAGAUUACAUAAAGCUACAACUUAAUUACCUGACCUUGUUCACUUGUCUGGUUUGGCCUACUUUUGUGGUCAAAAGUACGAAUUUUUACCUAACACACUUUUACAUUUGUGCCUUCAAGGAAUCUUCACGCCCAACCUAACAGCCAUACAACUUAUAAGACUUCUUAAAGCUUUUACUUAGCUAUUUUUGUUUGUUUGUUUUUAAAUUUAAAAUCUGAGAAAGCAUAAGACAGAAUAAUCUUCAUGGCUCCUAGAUUCCUAGGAGUAUAGUCAGAAUCUGUCAUAGGUAAGGCCCAAUAAUUUUUCACCAUACUCUGUGGUUAGUUUUUUGUUGUGUUGACUCUCAGCUUUAUUCCUUUCAAAUUACUUCAGGUAAUUAUGUUUCAAAGGAAAUCUUUUUACCAUAUGAAUGACAGAAGAUUAGUAAAUGAGGCCCAAGUUGUUUUAGUGCAUAAGGGCACUUGCUGACCUAAGUUGAUCCCUGGAACCCCAAAUGUUAUCAUCCAUUCUGCACAUCCACAUACACAAAGCAAGUCACUGUGCAUGCCUGUCAUCCACCUCGUGUCCUAAGUUAUGGCAGUUUCUUACACGAUUUUUAUCAGAGAUUUUCUUUUGGCAAAAAAAUGAUUUUACACUAGAACCAUGUUAAGGAGGAAAUACUAAAUGUGAGAAUAGAAAGCUGUUUUAAUAUGUGAAUAACUUCAGAAUAUUUGUUUUGAAACUACAACAAGUAUGCUGUUAAGUCAUUAUACAGCCAUUUUAAAGAACUAUGUAAAAAGUAGACCAAUCAAAUUUACAUUUAUGAAUAUGUACAUAUAUAUACAGGGAGAGAGAGUUUAGCAAAUCUUCACAAAAUGAAUAUACUUCUGAAGUAAAAUUGCUUCCUCCUCAGCUGCCUGUAUUCCCAGAUGUUACUAUUAAUUGUCCAGUUACCACCAAAUCAUUUAUUCUUAUAUGUGUCAUUUGUUGCUCUAACAAAAGCAACUUGAAGGAAAGGUUCCAUUUGACUUUUUGAAAGGGUACCAUCUAUCAUGACCAAAAAACAUGGUGGCGGGUACAUGAGACAACUGUCCACAGUGCAUCUGCUGCUGCUGUUUUGUCCUUGUUCAGUUUGGAACCUUGCUGCCGCAUUUCAGAGUUGGCCUUGCAUACUGAAACUUCUGAAAAUGCUGUCAUAAACAUACCCAGGGGUGUUUUCUUGGUGAUUCUAAAUCUACUCAAGUUGAUAAUGAAGAUUAAUUAACCCUCAAGAUUUAUACUCUUGUAUAUACAUGUGUAGAUCCUGUUUAAUUAAAAAGUAUCACACUUUUUUAUUUUAUUCAGUUUCAUUUUUUACAUUUAAAU